UCACGCAAGUCCCGCGUGUUGAUACUGAAUAGAGAGAACCGAAGAGAAACAAGACUUUCUUAUCGCAGAGACCCGAACUCAGGCCCAAACUAGCGGAAAAUGGAGAUGCGGAAGCGGGUCGGGUUAGAGCUGCGGCACCGGUCGCCGACGGAGGUCCAGGAGCUGGUCCUGGAUAACUGUCGCUCUUGUGAAGGAAAGAUCGUAGGAAUCACAGAAGAGUUCUCGAAUCUGGAGCUUCUCAGCCUCAUCAAUGUCGGCCUGACCAGCGUCGCAGACAUCCCCAAACUGGACAAACUCAAAAAGUUGGAGUUGAGUGACAACAGGAUAUCAGGCGGUCUGGAGGUGCUGGCAGAGCGGCUGGUGAACCUAACGCACCUCAACCUCAGCGGGAACAAGUUCAAAGACAUCAGCACCCUGGAGCCUCUGAAAAAGUUGCCCCAGCUGAAGAGUCUCGACCUGUUUAACUGCGAGGUGACCAACCUGGCCGACUACAGGGAGUCCAUCUUUAAGCUCCUCCCCCAGCUCACCUACCUGGACGGCUACGACAUCGACGACUGCGAGGCGUCCGACUCUGACGGAGAGGGCGACGGCGUCGAUGACGACGACGAGGAGGUUUUGGAGGGGGAGUCGGAGGACUUUGAGGAGGAGGAAGAGGAAGACGAGGAGGACGUCGUGGCUGAAGAUGAUGACGAUGAUGAGGACAGCGGUGACGACGAGGACGGAGAGGUGAACGGAGACGUGGACAGCGAGGACGAUGACGAGGACGAGGAGGACGAUGAGGACGAUGACGAGGACUCGUCUCCGGCCAAAGGAGAGAAGAGGAAGAGGGACCCUGAAGACGAGGACGAUGAAGACGAUGAUUAAGGACCCACAAAGACCCCGUUCACCCCGGUGACCUCUCCCCUCCCCCACCAAGCUCGCCCUCCUCCUCUCAGCCCGUGCCUGGGCUGUGUCCCAUUUAUGAUAUUUGUCUCCUCCCACUGCGCCCCCGUCUCCUCCUGCAGACCAAAAAAAUGUCUAUUAA